AGAUACUUGAGUGCCUACUAUGUGCCGGCCUGUGCUAGGCACUGAGGACACAGGUGGAAAAGCCCGAACUGCUCCCUGCUCUCCUGGUGCUCAUCACCUCCGAGAGUUAUGUCAUGCCCAGGCCAGCAGGGGGCUCCAUGAGGAUUCAUAGAAGAUGCCCCGCGUCUCGGCGCCUUUGGUGCUGCUUCCUGCUUGGCUCGUGAUGGUCGCCUGCAGCCCGCACUCCCUGAGGAUCGCUGCUAUCUUGGACGACCCCAUGGAGUGCAGCAGAGGGGAGCGGCUCUCCAUCACCCUGGCCAAGAAUCGCAUCAACCGCGCUCCUGAGAGGCUGGGCAGGGCCAAGGUCGAAGUGGACAUCUUUGAGCUUCUCAGAGACAGCGAGUACGAGACUGCAGAAACCAUGUGUCAGAUCCUCCCCAAGGGGGUGGUCGCUGUCCUUGGGCCAUCGUCCAGCCCAGCCUCCAGCUCCAUCAUCAGCAACAUCUGUGGAGAGAAGGAGGUCCCUCACUUCAAAGUGGCCCCAGAGGAGUUUGUCAAGUUCCAGUUCCAGAGAUUCACAACCCUGAACCUCCACCCCAGCAACACCGACAUCAGCGUGGCUGUAGCUGGGAUCCUGAACUUCUUCAACUGCACCACAGCCUGCCUCAUCUGUGCCAAGGCAGAAUGCCUUUUAAACCUAGAGAAGCUGCUCCGGCAAUUCCUCAUCUCCAAGGACACGCUGUCCGUCCGCAUGCUGGAUGACACCCGGGACCCCACGCCCCUCCUCAAGGAGAUCCGGGACGACAAGACCGCCACCAUCAUCAUCCAUGCCAAUGCCUCCAUGUCCCACACCAUCCUCCUGAAGGCAGCCGAACUUGGGAUGGUGUCAGCCUAUUACACAUACAUCUUCACUAAUCUGGAGUUCUCACUCCAGAGAAUGGACAGCCUUGUGGAUGAUCGUGUCAACAUCCUGGGAUUUUCCAUUUUCAACCAAUCCCAUGCUUUCUUCCAAGAGUUUGCCCAGAGCCUCAACCAGUCCUGGCAGGAGAACUGUGACCAUGUGCCCUUCACUGGGCCUGCGCUCUCCUCCGCCCUGCUGUUUGAUGCGGUCUAUGCUGUGGUGACUGCGGUACAGGAAUUGAACCGGAGCCAGGAGAUCGGCGUGAAGCCCCUGUCCUGUGGCUCGGCCCAGAUCUGGCAGCACGGCACCAGCCUCAUGAACUACCUGCGCAUGGUAGAAUUGGAAGGUCUUACCGGCCACAUUGAAUUCAACAGCAAAGGCCAGAGGUCCAACUAUGCCUUGAAAAUCUUACAGUUCACGAGGAAUGGUUUUCGGCAGAUCGGCCAGUGGCACGUGGCGGAGGGCCUCAGCAUGGACAGCCGCCUCUACGCCUCCAACAUCUCGGACACGCUCUUCAACACCACCCUGGUUGUCACCACCAUCCUGGAAAACCCAUAUUUAAUGCUGAAGGGGAACCACCAGGAGAUGGAAGGCAAUGACCGCUACGAGGGCUUCUGUGUGGACAUGCUCAAGGAGCUGGCAGAGAUCCUCCGAUUCAACUACAAGAUCCGCCUGGUUGGGGAUGGCGUGUAUGGCGUUCCCGAGGCCAACGGCACCUGGACGGGAAUGGUCGGGGAGCUGAUCGCUAGGAAAGCAGAUCUGGCUGUGGCAGGCCUCACCAUUACAGCUGAACGGGAGAAGGUGAUUGAUUUCUCUAAGCCAUUCAUGACUCUGGGAAUUAGCAUUCUUUACCGCGUUCAUAUGGGACGCAAACCCGGCUAUUUCUCCUUCCUGGACCCGUUUUCUCCAGGCGUCUGGCUCUUCAUGCUUCUAGCCUAUCUGGCUGUCAGCUGUGUCCUCUUCCUGGUGGCUCGGUUGACGCCCUACGAGUGGUACAGCCCACACCCAUGUGCCCAGGGCCGGUGCAACCUUCUGGUGAACCAGUACUCCCUGGGCAACAGCCUGUGGUUUCCAGUUGGGGGCUUCAUGCAGCAAGGCUCCACCAUCGCCCCUCGCGCCUUGUCCACCCGCUGUGUCAGUGGCGUCUGGUGGGCAUUCACGCUGAUCAUCAUCUCAUCCUACACGGCCAACCUGGCAGCCUUCCUGACCGUGCAGCGCAUGGAUGUGCCCAUUGAGUCAGUGGAUGACCUGGCUGACCAGACCGCCAUUGAGUAUGGCACAAUUCACGGAGGCUCCAGCAUGACCUUCUUCCAAAAUUCCCGCUACCAGACCUACCAACGCAUGUGGAAUUACAUGUAUUCCAAGCAGCCCAGUGUGUUUGUGAAGAGCACAGAGGAGGGAAUCGCCAGGGUGUUGAAUUCCAACUACGCCUUCCUCCUGGAGUCCACCAUGAACGAGUACUAUCGGCAGCGCAACUGCAACCUCACUCAGAUUGGGGGCCUGCUGGACACCAAGGGCUACGGGAUUGGCAUGCCAGUCGGCUCGGUUUUCCGGGACGAGUUUGAUCUGGCCAUUCUCCAGCUGCAGGAGAACAACCGCCUGGAGAUCCUAAAGCGCAAAUGGUGGGAAGGAGGGAAGUGCCCCAAGGAGGAAGAUCACAGAGCUAAAGGCCUGGGAAUGGAGAAUAUUGGUGGAAUCUUUGUGGUUCUUAUUUGUGGCUUAAUCGUGGCCAUUUUUAUGGCUAUGUUGGAGUUUUUAUGGACUCUCAGACACUCAGAAGCAACUGAGGUGUCCGUCUGCCAGGAGAUGGUGACCGAGCUGCGCAGCAUCAUCCUGUGUCAGGACAGUAUCCACCCCCGCCGGAGGCGCGCCGGAGUCCCGCCGCCCCGGCCCCCCAUCCCCGAGGAGCGCCGGCCCCGGGGCACGGCGACGCUCAGCAACGGGAAGCUGUGCGGGGCGGGGGAGCCCGACCAGCUCGCGCAGAGACUGGCGCAGGAGGCCGCCCUGGUGGCCCGCGGCUGCACGCACAUCCGCGUGUGCCCGGAGUGCCGCCGCUUCCAGGGCCUGCGGGCACGGCCGUCGCCCGCCCGCAGCGAGGAGAGCCUGGAGUGGGAGAAGACCACCAACAGCAGCGAGCCGGAGUAGCCCCGGCGGCCGCAGGACGCGCGGAGGCCGGCGGGGCGGGAGGGGAGGGGCGGGGCGGGCGCCGCUGUCCGCCGCGAGCUCGGACUUGUACAGCGUAGACACCUCUCGGAUUUCGGAUCCAGUCACUUUUAAAAAAGAUCAAAGAGCCUGACGCCCCAGCCAGAGACCGCGCCCGGUCAGGGAGCGGGGUCCACCCGGAGACGUUGCACCCAAGUGGCAAAGGACGGCUCUCCCUCGUGGGCACAAGGACCCAUCUUCUCCCGGCGGGCCUUUCCCUCUCGCCAAAAUAACGGAGUAUAGGGUGGGGGGAGGUCCCUGGCUAGACCAGUCCAAUGAAUUGGUGGAAUCAUCAGUUGAAUUUCCCCCUAGGAAGGGGCCAGUGUACCCUCCGUCUAGUUCUUACAGAAAAAAAAAAAAUUAAACAGGGAAGUUUUUCUUUUUUGGAUUUGUACAUUUUUGUUAAUGUUUUUUUGUUUUUUCUUUCCUCCUCUCUUUUUCUUCUUUGUCUUCUUCUCAGUUCUGUUCAUUUGUUUUGUGGUUUUUGGAGGGGGAGGCUGGGUUAGGGAAUGGAAGUCUAAAUAAUCCCUAUUUCUUCUUUUUCCUGACUUUUGGGAUAUUGAGUCACCAGUGCAUCCGAUUUCAGGUGCUUAACUCUCCUUUCUGUGUGGUGAUUGAGGGGCACAGAAGAAGGGGUCUUGGGGAGAAUCAGAUGGAGAGCCUCAAAUAAAAGUCCACUGAAGUAAAUUUUUAGAUGCCAAAAAGCAGUUAACUCAUCGUAUAUAUACUCAGAGAGACCUUGAAACGCCUAGGAUGUCAAGGGUUAAUCUGUCUUUCCUUUCCUUUUCUCUUUCUGACUUUCACUAUCAUUAAGUUUGAUCUGAUCUUUUGUGAAUGUAAUUUCUGAAGACAGACAGGGGAGGAGAACAGAAUGCACAAAGUAUCCUGGGACUUCGUUUAAGGAGCGGAAGGAGUAGAUAGAAUUUUCCCAUACCAUGGCCUUGGCUUCCGUUGGAACGUGCCGUUCAUAAAAGAGGAAGGACUGGGUCACCCCGCUGGUAUGGUGCAUACUUUGUCAACUGCAUCUCUUUUCAAUCAAACUCAGUGGCUGCCUAUGAAGCCAGACCCACAAGACUACCAUGGAUUGGGUGGUUUCUCGCUACUUAGAUGUGAGACCUGGGUGCAAGUAAGUGUGUGUGUGUGUGUGUGUGUGUGUGUGUGUGUAUGUGUGUGUGUGUGUAUUUAUUAAAUAGAAAGACCUUAAGUAAUCAAGAAUUUGCUAGGUUCCUGGGAGAGAGGGGGAGUCUCCUAGUCAAUACACAGGCCUGGGAACCAGGAACUCUUGAGUCGUAACCUCAGCUUAGGGCAGUAGCCCCCACCUUGUAUGACUUUAGGUAAAGCAUUUAACUUCUCUUCCAUCCACCAAAUAGGAGUUACUGAUGCUGGCCAGGUUAUCAGGUGACUGCUAGUGACUGCUCUCCAUGUGAGUGAGAAGUUUGCAGGGUCCAGAGCACACAUCUGAUGGGAGGGAUGAGUCUUUCUGCAGCUGCUUGACCUUUGCUUGGCUUCACCAUUCCGGAGUUUCACGCAGAGAGUUCUCAUUUGCUGAUGGAAAACAAAUUCUAUGCAAUUUCUGAUUGUAAACUUAGAAAAUUCAGAGAGAGAGAAAUAAACAGCCACUACCACCACCUCCACCUCCACCACCGCUGCCACCACCUUGAAUGGAAUUGUCCUCACUUUUGUCGCUGUUGCAAAUGUACUAAAAUAAAGACAUCUUUGGAAGAUGAUGAGCUUAAUUCAUGUUUUUGCCAUUUGGGUUGGUCAGCAUCCUCUUCAUGCCAGGACAAUUAGUUAGGGCUGCCAUCCUGGGGGCCAAAUGGUACCCUGAUUAUUCCUGUGAUGGAUACCCAUUUUGUCCUCACCUGACCUCGCCCAUGAAAUUGAAUCCUUUUUCCUUUUUCUCUUUAACCAUCAAAUGACAACAAGCUGUGCAAGACACUUGUGUCUUUUUUUAAACCUUGCCUUGAGCCUCGUGGAGAAACGUGGAUUUGGUGGAAAGGGCACCCGAAGGCUGGCUGACUACAGACCCCAUUGGUGCCACUCUGCUCCAACGUGCAGAUUCAUCCCAGGCCUCUGACAACCUGGUUCCUACUGUCAGAUCCCAUUUGGGGCGGGAAGGGUGGUUUUUUUAAAAAAACUCGUUUUUAUGAGCAGGCUAUCUUGAUCAAUAGCAAACUUUUUUUAAUGGAUUAGUGAAAUAAAUGUCCCCAUGCAUCCUUUAUAGUCUGUUUCUUUCUCUGUGUGGAGUAAAGAUAAGAUUGACAGCACUGGAUGGUUUCUGUUAGCUGCUGAGAGCAGACCUGCACCUCGCUCAAGAUGGUGGGCGAAUUUGCAACCAGCUAGUACCCUUCCUUGGUUUGUCUCCGCUUUUUAUCUGUUGGUUGUUGGCUUUCUUUUCCACUCUGUAUUUUCUAUCUGACUCUGUAUACUGUAUAAAGCAGUUUUUUCUUGUCUGUUUAUCUUUCUUCAACUGGAAUAUUUACAAUAAAACAGAAACAAACCCUGAAA